UGCAUCAUAUGCGGUUCACCUGGUAUCUCUGACGCAUAUUAUUGCGCCGAGUGCACACGAUUAGAGAAGGACCGUGACGGUUGUCCAAAGAUCGUGAACCUUGGUGCCAGUCGGACGGACCUCUUCUAUGAGCGGCGUCGUCUAGGCUUCAAGAAAGGUUAGGCCGUGUAGACGAUGCGCCGGUGGCGCCUGUUUACCCUGUUGUACCAUUACCCUCUCUGUUAUACAUUCCUUUGUGCUGUAUGCAUUCUUCUUGGUCAUUCAGUGCAGAUCGACCACUUGCAAUUGCCGUUAACAUCGCUUGAGGUCUCGCGUCGCGUCUUAUGUGAUGAGUUGUAUCCGGCCUGAACGCUGCUUGAACCUUGGUGGCAAUGCAGCACGAUAGUCCACGUCAGACUAGUACAGUGUACUUCGGGCUGGCAGCUACUCAGUGGUUUCGUUCUCUAGUAGACUUCGUGCGCGGUGUUUUCUUUCUAGAAAAGCAAUCAAUAUAUUGAUCAAUGCUCG